AUACAUCGCAGAACUACUCUUGCAACUGCCUCGGGCAUUCAUGCCACAAAAGUUGCGCCAUCGAUUAGCGUAGCACCCUCGCAAUGUCGAGCCAUGUUCAUACAGACGGAGACCUCGCCUAACAACAAUUCUCUCAAAUUCAUACCUGACGUAGGUGUCAUAGACGAAGGAACCGCCGAGUUCCUUGACACACGAUCAGCUUUAAAAUCUCCACUUGCAAUCCGUCUUAUGGGCAUUGAGGAUGUGAAAGCCAUUUUUUAUGGACCGGAUUUCGUCACAGCAUCGAAGGAUAGCGAAAAAUCAUGGGCAGUCCUCAAGCCAGAGAUCUACUCAAUAAUUAUGGAGCAUUUUUCUGCUGGUUUACCUCCUUUCCUGUCACGAGAGGACAGAAAAGCCGCCAGUUCUCAGGACACUCAGAUUCUUGACAAGGACUCUGAGACGGUAGCAAUGAUCAAAGAGCUGCUUGAAACUCGCGUCCGACCAGCGAUUAAGGGUGUUUGUCUAGCGCGGUGA